CUGGCUUCAAACUUGCCGCGCCAUGCUCUCCUCUUUCCCGCUGUCGAGAAGUUAGGGUUUCGAGUAUCCAUCUCUCUGUAACUCCACUUAAUUAAUUACGGUUUUCAGCUUUCAUCUCUCUGCAAUUUGGACUGAGAUUAGGGUUGAGUCUCCUCUCUCAACUCCCUCCAAGUUGGACCGAAAUUCAGGGUCACUCGACUGAGAGGUCUCUGGAUGUCAUUUCUAUGCAACUCGAUCAAAACUUUAGGGUUUUCCGGUUCUUUCUUUUGGAAACUGAGCCCGAAGUCUAGGGUUUCGAGGUGUCAUCUAUCUGCAGCUCCACAAAGGGAUUAUAGCCUAAAGAUGAAGGUUGCAGUGAUAGGAAGCGGGAUUUCAGGAGCUGUUUGUGCAUCAACACUGGCAGAGAAUGGUGUUUCGGUCUCUUUGUUUGAGUCCGGGAGAGGUCCUGGUGGUAGAAUGUCUCAAAGAAGAGAAACUACUGAAGAUGGAAAGGAGCUGUUGUUCGACCAUGGUGCUCCAUACUUCAUUGUCAAUGAUGAGGAAGUGAUGGGCCUUGUUAAGAAAUGGGAAGCAAGAGGUCUUGUUGCUGAAUGGAAAGAAAGAUUCGGGUCUUUUGAUCAGAUCAGUGCUGAAUUUGUCAAAAUCGACGAGGCACCGGUGGCUAAAAAGUAUGUUGGUGUUCCUGGAAUGAGUUCUAUCUGUAAAGCCCUAUGCCUCCAGCCUGGAGUGGAGGCUAAGUUUGGGCUUAGUGUUGCUACUUUGGAAUGGCCAAAGGAGGGAAAUUCAUGGUUAUUGACAGGUUUGGAUGGGAAAAAUGUGGGCCAUUUUGAUGCUCUGGUGGCAUCAGAUAAAAUUAUAGCUGCCUCAAGGUUUUCAAGCCGAACUGGUCGACCUCCACCUUUAGAUAAGAAUUUGGCACCGGAAUUGAUAGAGAAAUUGGAAGAUAUCCCUGUCCGUUCCUGUUUUGCUCUAAUGUUGGGGUUUUCCGAACCAUUAUCAUCGGUACCUGUAAAAGGCUUCGAAAUCAAGAAUUCAGAGAUAUUAUCUUGGGCAUUUUGUGACAGCAGCAAGCCUGGGCGUCGUGGCCCUUCAGGCUCUGGUGAAUGUUGGGUGUUGCAUUCAACAGCUGAGUAUGCUGAAAAUGUGAUAAAGCAAACUGGACUGGAGAAACCCACAGAUGACACUUUAGCUAUGGUAGCAAAGGAAUUACUUCAAGAAUUCAGGAAAACAGGAUUGCCUCUCCCUCAGCCAUUCUUCAUGAAAGCUCAUAGAUGGGGUAGUGCUUUUCCGGCUGCUGCUGUUGCUGGAGAUGAGAAGUGUUUAUGGGAUGAGGAGAAGAGGUUGGCCUUUUGUGGAGACUUUUGUGUCAGUCCAAGUAUUGAGGGUGCCAUACUGAGUGGAUUGAAAGCUGCUAGAAAGCUUCUUGCUUCUUCCGGAAUUGAUCAGUAAGAGUUCAAUAGUAAA